GGUAAAUCAAGAGCCAUGAUGACUGACAUAAAAGAUGGACCACACUCAGGGGAAGAUCUAUCAGAUGCAAAAUCUUUCCCUGGUUUCAAAGGAAUGAACUUACCUGCUAGCAAGUCUGUGGACUCUGGAAUUCUGCCUGAUGACAGUUACAGAAUGGAUUACCCAGAGAUGGGAGUAUGUGUUAUAAUAAACAAUAAGAACUUCCACCAUGAGACUGGACUGUCAUCUCGUUCAGGCACGGAUGCAGAUGCUGCAAGUGUCAGAGAAGUUUUUAUGAAGCUGGGAUAUAAAGUCAAGCUUAACAAUGAUCUGUCAAGCAGAGAUAUUCUUAAGCUAUUGAAAAAUGUUUCUGAAGAAGAUCACAGCAAGCGAAGCAGUUUUGUUUGUGUGUUGCUAAGCCAUGGAGAUGAAGGACUCUUCUAUGGUACAGAUGGUCCUCUUGAACUGAAAGUACUAACGAGCCUUUUCAGAGGUGACAAGUGCAGAAGUCUAGCGGGGAAACCCAAACUCUUUUUCAUUCAGGCCUGUAGAGGGACAGAAUUAGAUUCUGGUAUUGAAGCAGACAGCGGACCAGAUGAAACUGUGUGUCAAAAAAUACCUGUGGAAGCAGACUUCCUGUAUGCAUAUUCUACUGCUCCAGGCUAUUACUCCUGGAGGAACGCAGCUGAAGGCUCCUGGUUUAUUCAGUCUCUGUGUCGAAUGCUGAAGGAACAUGCCAGAAAACUUGAACUCAUGCAGAUUUUAACUCGUGUAAAUCGCAGAGUGGCAGAAUAUGAAUCCUGCUCCACUCGACAGGAUUUCAAUGCAAAGAAACAGAUUCCGUGCAUUGUGUCUAUGCUUACCAAAGAAUUUUACUUUCCUUGCUAAAAAAGAAAAGAAAAAAAGCACUUUACAAUUUUUCACUUCAGGUUUUAUCUGUAAUUUAUACACUGUUAGUAUGGAAUACCACUUUUAAGUCUGAAUUACUGUUCACUGCCAUAUAUGGCAAAAUGAACAAUCUGAGAGUUGGAUAUGUCCGUUACUAGAAGAAACCCAUGGUAUGGCUAAGUUAGAAAUGAAGCACAGGAAAAUUUGAAUAUAAUAAGAAUUUGGAAAAAUUAUGAGGAGGAGACUGAAGAGAAGUCACAUCACUUACAAGACCUACUUGGUGCUACAUUUCACUUUGCAGAAGGAGCAGAGAAAAGAAACAGGUCUUGUAAAUGUUUUGGUUUCAUUUCUUUACCAGUAGAAAGAAGAUUCAGAAUGGGAUUUGUUUGCAAUUAUAGUAAUGUGAUGGUAGUGUCAUUACACAUUUCUUCUUAAAAAAAUCAAGUCUUUAAGCUUAGGUGAUAAGGUAGCCUAAACUUCUUGUAUUACUUAAGAUGUAAACUGUGAAAAAUGGCUUUCAUUUUUUACAUAUGCUUAGGAGGCAUCUUUAGAAGUCAGUUUGUCUUGAUUAUUUUAUAAUUUUUUAUAUGGAACAUGAGAUGAGGUAAUUUUAUCAACACAGUAUCUGUUUCUAAGUAAAUUUGUAUGUUUAGCCUUGAAACUGAGUAAGUAAGGGACCAGUCUUCCCAAAGGCCUUUCUUUUGCAGCUCCUAGGGAGAGCUUUAAUACUCCUGGGGCAGGUUUGAGGCCACAAGAUUCAAUGCAAAAGAAAAUCUGCAUUCUGAAAAGCCAGCUCUCCUCUUUCUGGCCCUUAAAUUAGAGUGGUUCUGCUUUCUGCAGAUGUAUAUACCACAUUUGAUCUUUGUGGAAACCUAAAUAUGGUGGUACCAGUGAAAUUUCCUUGUCUGCUAUCAAUUGGGUUAAUUGUACAUGUCUUUUAAAAGAAUUUAGUACGUUAAUGAAUAGUAAAUAUAAGUCUCUUAGUUUUGAGUGGAAUAGGCUUUUAGAAACUUGUGAAGCAUAUAUGCUUUUGGUGAUGUUUCAGCUUGUGACAGUUUUUGAUGAACAGAGGAAGGCAUUGGUAAAUAACCACAAGGGGCUUGCAAAACAAGACUUAAAAUUCUUUAUAUUGUGUAGCAUAAAUGAUGUCAGUGAAUCGAUGUCUUCUUCCAGAGGCGUUUGCAUUUUUUAAAUUAAAUAUUGUCACCUAAACUGUGUAAUGCUUUUCUAUAUGUAUUAUUUGCUUAGGAUCUGAUCAAUUACAUCCCUUUUUCUUGAAAAUAAAUAAGAAAAUAAAUGAA